AUGCAGAUCAAAUGGAUCGUCUUUCAGGCUCUGACCAUCAGCCUGGUGACCUCGGUUCCACUUGUCGCUGAGGAUAAAGCCGUUGCCGGGCGCAGUGUUGAAUCAUCAGCAGCAACGCCAAGUGUGCUCGUGGCUCGCCAGAGCGAAACCGACCUUGCGAACAACCCUCAACCACCGCCUGGUAUUCAGGAUUUCUUCGAUCGGAUUCGGGGCAAGGGCAAGGGCAAGGCAAAGAGUGAGAGAGCGAGGGGAGCCGCUGGCGCAAGAGCGAAUGGUCAGAAUGCCUAG